AUGGCUGCGCCCAUGAGAGUGCGAACACCGAGGUUAUGCAGAAUUUGUAAAUCCUUUCAAGGUUCUUUUUUGAAACGUCGUUGGCUGUCUAAUACAUACAAAACAGAAUGGAAAGGUGUUGUGGGAUUAGAAAUUCAUGCUCAGAUUCUAGCAGAAAGCAAACUGUUUUCUGGGGCUGGCACUCAGUAUGGUGAAAGUACAAAUAAUCAGGUAGCUCUCUUUGAUGCUGCCUUUCCAGGAACUCUGCCUGCUAUCAACAAGAGAUGUGUAGUAGCUGGUGUUCAAACUGCCCUAGCCCUCAACUGUCAUAUCAACAAAGUAUCAAAGUUUGAUCGCAAACAUUACUUCUAUGCAGAUCUGCCAGCUGGCUACCAGAUAACUCAGCUUAGACAGCCCCUAGCCCAGAGGGGAUCACUUACAUGUCCUGUGUUAGCAGAAAAUGUUUCUCCAAAACGUCCUUUUGAUUAUAUCACUGUGGGUCUGGAACAGAUACAGCUAGAGCAGGAUAGUGGGAAAAGUAUUCACGAUGAAUUUGAUAAACAGAGUCAGAUAGACCUAAACCGUGCAGGUAUUGGCCUGAUGGAAAUAAUAACUGCCCCUGACAUGAAUUCAGGAUUAGAAGCUGUGUCAUUUCUUCAGGAACUGAUUGGAAUUCUCAAUGCUGUAUCAACUUGUAGCUGUAAAAUGGAAGAAGGGGCAUUUAGAGUAGAUGCUAACAUCUCAGUUCACCGACCAGGGGAACCCCUAGGUACAAGAGUAGAAGUGAAAAACCUCAACAGCAUCCGUAGUGUGAAGGUAGCAAUUGACUAUGAAAUAAAGAGGCAAACACAGCUGUUACAACAGGACAAGAAGAUUAUCAAUGAUACAAGAUCUUUUGAUGUAAUGUCGGGAUUUACAGUUCCUAUGAGAGAUAAGGAAAUAGAACAGGAUUACCGUUUUAUGCCAGAGCCAAACUUGCCUCCACUAUGUGUUUACGAUAACACCACCAUUCCUGAAGGGCUUCAUACCUCACAGAUAGUCAAUGUAGAUGUUCUUCGACAACAGUUACCUACCCUUCCUGCUAAACAAAAACAAGAUCUAGUGAAGGAAUAUGGUUUACCAGAGAUAUAUGCACAUCGAAUUGUGGUGAAACCAGGUAUGGCAGAAUUUUAUGAAAAAGUUGUUAAGGCUAGACCUACCGACCCAUUGAAUGUAGCAGUCCGCAUGAUGGGAGAAUUGUUAGCAAUAAUGAAGAGACAGAAACUGGAGUUCAGUGAUAUAAGAUGUAGUCCUGAGGCAUUUGGUGAAGCGUGUGACUUGUGUAAACAAAGUGUAAUAUCACUUAGAGAAUUUAUAAAGAUUGUAGAUCUGCUGUUGAAAGAUCCUUCUUCAGAAACCAGAAUUCAUCAGAUGAGGAAAAAGAAAGUGGACGCAAGCAAAAGCCCUGAGCCAUUAGAAAAUAUUUGUCAGCGAAUCUUGGACGAGUUUGAAAAGGGAUCUAAUCCGAAAAAGAAUAAAUUGAAACAAAAUCCGGAAAAACUCUUAAAUCAGCUGGCUGCAGAAGCUAAAAAAAAGGCCGGAGCUGAUUUUAAAAGUGCAAGGAUGAUUUUCCAGAAACUUUUGAAAGAGGAAUGACUUAAGACACAGAGAAGCUAGGAAGAAAACAGACAUUGAUCUUAAAAAAGCAAGGAUUAUACCCUAGAAGCUUUUUGAAGAGGAAUGACUUAAGACACAGAGAAGCUAGGAAGAAAACAGACAUUGAUCUUCAUAAAAAGCAAGGAUUAUACCCUAGAAGCUUUUUGAAGAGGAAUGACUUAAGACACAGAGAAGCUAGGAAGAAAACAGACAUUGAUCUUAAAAAAGCAAGGAUUAUACCCCAGAAGCUUUUUGAAGAGGAAUGACUUAAGACACAGAGAAGCUAGGAAGAAAACAGACAUUGAUCUUAAAAAAGCAAGGAUUAUUCCCUAGAAGCUUUUUGAAGAGGAAUGAAUUAAGGACAUGGAUUGAACAAAUGUUUUUAAUUACAUAAUAAGGUAAUCCAUUAUACAUCAUGUAACAGAAGAACAUUGUAGACAUCACAAAUGUGUGCUAAUUUAUAAAUAAAAUGGCAGCGUAUCAUAA